GAGGGAGUGAAGAGUUAGAAAUGUGGCGCCGGAGCUUUAGCACGACCGGCGUGACGUUAGGUCAAUUGGGGAAGAAGAAAUGGGACGCGGUGGUGAUUGGCGGCGGCCACAACGGUUUGAUCGCUGCGGCUUACCUGGCACGCGGUGGUCUCUCCGUGGCCGUUCUCGAGCGCCGACAUGUCAUCGGUGGGGCGGCAGUGACGGAGGAGAUCGUUCCCGGCUUCAAAUUUUCACGUUGCAGCUACCUCCAGAGCCUAAUGCGUCCGUGUAUUAUUAGAGAAUUAGAGUUAGGCAAACACGGACUGAAGCUUCUGAAGAGGAAUCCUUCGUCGUUCACCCCUUGUUUAGAUGGGCGUUAUCUUCUUCUAGGACCAGAUCAAGCACUUAAUCAUUCUGAGAUUUCCAAGUUCUCGAGUCACGAUGCCGAUGCUUACCCAAGAUACGAGAAGCAGCUAGAGAGGUUCUGUGGAUUCAUGGAUCCUCUCUUGGAUGCAACUCCUCCAGAAUCUCUGCAAGGUGUCUCUUCUUUUAAUGAUAAGCUGAGCAAUAAGCUGUACAAAUCUGCUUUCUGGGCUCGUUGUCUUCGACAAGCAGCUUGUUUGGGGCAAAAAGAUAUGGGACUUCAUGGAUCUUCUAUUGUCCCCAGCUUCAAAAGUUUUGAACAACUGUCUGAUGUCCUGAAGGCGACUCUUGCAACAGAUGCCGUGAUUGGAUCUACGGCCAGUGUCCAUACUCCUGGAAGUGGAUAUGUUUUGUUACAUCAUGUGAUGGGAGAAACAGAUGGAGAGCAUGGCAUUUGGUCUUACGUCGAAGGUGGGAUGGGCUCUGUCUCCAUGGCUAUAGCCAAUGCUGCAAAGGAAGCUGGGGCUCAGAUUUUCACAAACGCAGAGGUUUCUGAAGUAUUGACUGAGGACUCGAGCAUCGUGAAAGGGGUUUUGCUUGCUGAUGGUACACGCGUGGAGUCGUCGGUUAUAUUGUCCAAUGCAACUCCUUACAGAACUUUUGUGGAGCUGGUUCCGACCAAUGUUCUUCCUGAAAAGUUCGUUGAUGCUAUAAAGAACUCAGACUACAGCUCAGCAACGACCAAAAUAAACUUGGCUGUUGAUAAGUUACCGCAGUUUCGGUGCUGCAACACUAAUAAUAAUCAUUCGAGUCCAGGGCCAGAGCAUUUCGGCACUAUACACAUUGGUGCAGAGAGAAUGGAUUUUAGCUCUCUGAAUGUGAUUUUGUGUAUAGGGAAACAUGUAAUCAACUUGUUCAUCCAAUACACUCCUUACAAGCCAUCAGAUGGAAGCUGGGACGAUCCUGAAGCAUUUGCACAAAGAUGUUUCAAAUUGAUUGAUGAAUAUGCACCUGGAUUUAGCUCGUCCAUCAUUAGCUACGAUAUGCUGACACCUCCCGACCUAGAACGGGAAAUUGGUCUAACAGGUGGAAACAUCUUUCACGGUGCCAUGGGAUUAGACUCUCUCUUCUUGAUGCGACCUGUGAAAGGAUGGUCUAAUUACAGAAGCCCCUUAAAAGGUCUCUACUUGUGUGGAAGCGGAGCUCAUCCGGGAGGCGGAGUUAUGGGCGCACCGGGAAGAAACGCAGCUCAUCUUGUUCUUCAGGACUUGAAA